GUGUAGCAUCCUAGAAUAUUCCUAUAUCUAUUUACAUAUUCAAACGUUUAAUCAUUUUGCAUUUUGAGAUGAUGGAAACACUCACUGACUGUCAACACAUUAAAGAUAUAGAAAUGAAAAUAAGAGUGCUGCUUAGAUUUAUCCAAUUCUUUUUAUUCUCUUAUGUUUCCAGAUCAUCUGCCUGCUCCUGUCAUCAGCUCUAACUCUUCAAAUUGUUCUUCAUCAUCAUCAUCAUCAUCCUCACAGCAGAAUUGUUCAUUGGUGUGUUCAGUGGUGAAUGUGGGUCAUGUGACUCUCUCCUGGUACAAAGGAAACAGUUUAUUGUCCAACAUCAGUGUGUCUGAUCUCAGCAUCAGUCUCUCUCUACCUCUGGAGGUGGAAUAUCAGGAUAAAAACAGCUACAGCUGUGUGCUCAACAAUCCCAUCAGCAACCAGACUCAACAUCUGGACAUUACUCAACUCUGUCCCACAUGUGCAGACUCUGUGUUUCUGAUAGCACUGAUCUCUGCUGCUGCUGCCGGAUCUCUGUUGAUAAUAGUUGCAGUUGUGAUCUACUGCAUCUGCAGGAAUUGUAAAAAAGCAGUCCAGGCCCAAGAGAAAAACAAAACUGAUUCAGCAUUGCGUAAAACACCAACAACAAAAUUGAAAUUAAAGAAGGAGCCUGUGUAUGGGAAUGUCACCAAAACACGGUGAUCAAAACAAAAUGUCCUUGAGAACUCAUCUGGUCCUUGAUUCACACCUUUUAUUUCAUAUUUGUUCUCUGCAGGAUCUUUUACUUGUUUCUGUUUUGUUCUCUGUCUUUGUUUUCAACUGCUAAUCAUUUUGAAACAUUUAAAGCAGGCAGGGUUAACCUUACAGUAGGACUCGACACUGAUUACUGUCAGACUUUCAGAAUCCUUCAUCACUUACAUAAAGACUGUAAUAAUUUAAUUUUAAAGCACAGCCACCAUGAUAGAAGACUGUAUCACCUC